GUGGGCUGAUUAGCAGGCUCAAGAUACAAUAUUCUAGCGAUUUACAUUAUUCCUUAUAAAGAGAUUUUAUGCAUCCGUUUAUGGUAUUUUAUUCACUCAGCAACAUAUGAACCUAGCAAUGUGAGGCUUUUUGAAUUUCACACAAUUUAUGUUAAAAAAAUGUAUGAAUGGUUUGUUCCCCAAGAGGAUACAUUAAGCAACAUGGAUUUGGUAAAACGCACCAAAUCAAAGGUGGGCUGUCUACAAAAUCUGAAAGGACAGCAGCUCUACAGACAACUCCUCAACAAUGCCACCUGCAGUCUCACCUUCUCCAAAGAUGUUAUAUGGGAGAUGGGGUCAGACAGUAUACCUUACAGUCAAGCUGACUUCCACUGGCUUUUCAGUGCCUCUGGACCUCUGGCACCAAGUCCCAAGCCGAAGAGCACAGGGAUAAAAUCAAUGAAAGGUAUCCCCCUUCAUCCUUCACCUCAGGAUCCUGCCAAGAAGAGAGGCUUCAGAGACCCUCCCUCUAUGCUCCCUGAAUUACAAAUAUCCCAUCUUGCGCCAUUGACUGCCAAAGAGUCCUUUACACUCCCUAGUCACCAGGGGGGGCUCUUGGAUUCCUUUAAAAGGACAGGACUACGAGGAGUUUCUAAUAUUUACAAUUGUCUCGAGGAAGCAUCUACAGGAGGCAGGGAGGACCGUUUAAAGAGCUGCCACUGGGAUGAGUUUGUGCUAAAGAAGCUGACCAAGACCACAGCCCAGUGGAUAGUGAGUCAACAGAUUCCAAACCAGUGCCAGAAUAAGACUCUGCUGCAGUCACUGCUGAGGAGUCAGUAUGGUUCAGCCAGUGCCACAGAUCUAGUCAAUGAGGAGCCCAUGUGUGAGGAGGAUUUCUGCAGUUACCAAGAUCUCCACAAGCAGACUGAGAAGCAGCAGGCUCUUCAGAGCAGCAAGGCUGAGACACCUCUUCCAGUAUACUACAGGCAAGGAGACAAAACCUACCGUAAUAUUUAAUGUUGACUUAUUGA